ACAGGCACCAAUCGUCCAAGUCGCAGGAUGAAGCAAGCCAAGAAGGUGCUCGCCGGCGUGCGCGGGACACGGGACCUCUGGCCGACAGAGCUGCAGAAGCAGCUGCAUGUGACGAGCGCGCUGGCGUCGACGGCCAAGCGCUACGGCUUUGCGCCGGUCCAGACGCCGACGAUCGAGCCCACGGACCUCUUCCAUCGGUCGCUCGGCGACGGCUCCGACAUUGUCAUGAAGGAAAUGUACACGUUUCAAGACAACUCGCAGAACAGCUUGACGCUUCGGCCCGAAGGCACCGCCGGCGUCAUUCGCUCGAUGAUCAGCAGUGGUCUCCAGUACAAUGGGCCGCACAAGGUCUUCUACCACGGCAGCAUGUUUCGGUACGAGCGGCCGCAGCGCGGCCGGUACCGCGAGUUCCAGCAGUUUGGGGUCGAGCACAUUGGCUCGGCGGGCCCGACAACCGACGUCGAAGUGAUUGCGCUCGCACGCGACAGCCUCGCGCGCUUGGGCCUCGCCGACCGCGUUUCGCUCGAGAUCAACACGCUCGGCUGCCACGACAGUCGGCAGCGCUACCGAAAGGUGCUGGAAGCCUUCUUGGCGCAGUACCAGAACGAGCUCUCUGUCGACAGCCAGCAACGCCUCGAGCGCGGUAGUGUCCUUCGUAUCCUCGACUCCAAGUGCGAGAACGACCAGCGCAUUCUCGCGUCCGCGCCGCGUCUGCACCAGCACCUCUCGGACGACGCGCGCAAGCGUUUCGACGCCGUCCAGAGCCACUUGGCCGCCCUCAACAUCAACUCGCACCUCAACGACGGUCUCGUGCGUGGGCUCGAUUACUACAGCCACACCGUAUUUGAGUUUGUGGAGCUCAAGCCCGAGACAGGCGCCAAGGGCAUUGCGGUGCUGGCUGGCGGCUGCUACGACGACUUGGUAGCUACACUCGGUGGUCCGCCCACGGCCUGCGUCGGGUGGGCAGCCGGUGUCGAGCGGCUCUGUCUGCUGAGCGAUAUGACACCGCCAUCACCCAGCACAAUUGCGGUGGUGCCGAUCGCGUCGGGUGAUGCGUCGGCCGUCCGGGACCACGCGUUGCGCGUCACCAAGACGCUGCGCGAUGCCGGACACAUUGUGCAUUUUUGCGAUGGCGCGAGCAUGAAAAAGCAAAUGAAGAUGGCCGACGGGUUCCAGUGCGCGUAUGCGGUGCUGCUUGGCGAAGACGAGCUGACGCAGGCGCAAGCGACCGUCAAGCACCUCCUCGAACGCCGCCAGCAAGUCGUUGCGCUAAGCGACUUGUCGACGUACUUUGCAUCGACCGCAACGAUCGUGGCCUAGAGCCGCAGCCAUCUUGUCUCUCUCUUGGAUUCAAUACAGAAUGUGCUGCUUUGGAAGGUGCAGAUUGCACUUGCAAG